GCGGGAUGGCCUGACUGUUCGGUCGUGUGUGAGGUGUACCAUGGUCUGCACGAUGUCCGAACGAAAAGCCCCCAUCCGAGUCGGCUUCUACGACAUAGAGAGGACUAUCGGAAAGGGAAACUUCGCAGUCGUCAAGCUGGCUAGGCAUAGGAUCACAAAGACUGAAGUAGCUAUAAAGAUCAUAGACAAGUCUCAAUUGGACGCUGUCAACUUACAGAAGGUCUACAGAGAGGUAGAUAUCAUGAAGCAACUGGACCACCCCCAUAUCAUCAAGCUUUACCAGGUGAUGGAAACGAAGAACAUGAUCUAUAUUGUCUCCGAGUACGCCAGCCAAGGAGAGAUAUUCGACUACAUCGCCAGGCAUGGGAGGAUGACUGAAAGUGGUGCACGAAGGAAAUUUUGGCAGAUUCUUUCAGCGGUGGAAUAUUGUCACAAUAGGAGGGUUGUCCACAGGGAUCUCAAGGCGGAGAACCUGCUGAUGGACAACGGGAUGAACAUCAAGAUCGCGGACUUCGGGUUCUCCAACUACUACAGCCCGGGGGAGCAGCUGGCCACGUGGUGCGGCUCUCCACCCUACGCAGCUCCGGAGGUCUUCGAGGGCAAGAAGUACACCGGCCCCGAGAUCGAUAUUUGGAGCCUGGGAGUUGUGCUCUACGUCUUGGUCUGUGGCGCGCUUCCUUUCGACGGCUCUUCGCUCCACACAUUGAGGGACAGGGUCCUAUCUGGCAGGUUCCGGAUCCCCUACUUCAUGAGCUCAGACUGCGAGUCCCUGAUCCGCAAGAUGCUAGUGCUGGACCCCACGAAGCGGUACACGGUGGAGCAGAUCAAGAGGCACCGAUGGAUGGCUGAAGAGGCCCCUCGCCUGCUACCCAGCACUGGGGACCUCAAGCAGGCCGAGCCCAAUGAGCAGAUCCUCAGGCUCAUGCAGAGCUUGGGCAUCGACCCCCAGCAGACCAGGGAGUCGUUGAGGAGUGGUAGUUAUGACCAUCAUGCUGCCAUCUACUUUCUUCUUUUAGAAAGGUUGAGGCAACAAAGGAGUUCGUUCACCAUUCCACAGCAGUCCCAACCUCCACCACAGCAACAGCAGCUGCCGGAGAACAGUAAAGCACCACCUGGAGAAUUGAAGAGGCAUCCCAGUGCCAUUCCUGAGCCGCCAAUAAGAAAACAACCGGAGUCACCUUACCGACGGCACUGCUACACACCUGACUCCAUGGCAAGAGAGCUCCAAAUACAGCAAACUAUGCAGCAAAUAGCCCACCAGAAAGAAGAAGAAUAUUAUUAUCAAAGGUAUCUUGGUUAUCAGCAGUAUUCUAGUUCCACCGAUGAGGGCGUCGAGACUGAUCUAGACGAAUCCAGCCCUCACCAGCGACUGUCCUACGCAAGCUCCUCCUCUUCCAGUGGUGUUAGCAACAAUAAGAGCCUAAGUCAACACCUAAGUACUGAUUCCUGUUCCUCUCACGUUUCCUCGCUUCAGAGCAAUUACUCCACCUUCGAAUCUAGUCUCGAUUAUCAAUAUGAAGAUUUGGGUUCCAGUUUACCAUCAUGCACUUCCCAAGGGUCAAAACCGAUGACUGAAAAUACUGUGAUAAGUACAAGUGCAAUCCAUCCUAGUGCCUAUGUAAGUAGUGAUGGAAAUAAGUCUUGGUGUAAACCGGGACCGAGUGCAUCUCACUUCAAACGGAAAAUAACAAGGUCUCCUGUGGAUUUCCGAGAAGGUAGGAGAGCAUCUGACGGCCUAGUCGCCCAAGCAGGUGACAACACCAGUUUAAGCCCACCAAUUAACACUAAUGUCGCAUUUAAUAGUCAAAAACUAAAUGAAAGUGGGAAAACAAAGGGAGUUAUGGAACUUCACCUAGUCCAAAGGGAACACCAAGCACUAAAGACUCUCUAUCAAAGUUCUGUUCCUCAAGAGGAGUUGGUACAAAGGCAACUCCAGCACACUGAGUAUCGUCAAAGGGAUUCUGAACGUCAGCAGAAUCUACCCAAAAGGAUAAGCCUACCUGAAAAUUUUACGUUUCCGACCGGUCAAUCGAUAGAAGGGGAUUUGUUGGCAUCAGUUUCCUCGAUAAAGGCACCAUUACAGCAGCAACUAAUGCAACACCGGCUUCUCCAACAAAAGAGGCAAAUAUUGCAAAAGCAGGGUGCUUUUCAGCAAGGCGACCCAAUGCACCUGAAUCGAAGGCAGAUGUUGAGGCAGGCGUCGUAUAAACUUGCUCAGCAAACGCAGAUUGUGCCCCCACUCCCUAUUCAAGCAGACUUCCCUCCCAUCACGGAAGACACUUCUAACGGACGAUUACAUAACGAAGAAGCAAGCCAAGACUGGAACUCGUUACCAAAUUCAUUUGCUUCCUGCCAAAUUGCUGAACCUGGCCAAACAUGGUCGACGCAGCAAGAGAAUAUCCAAACUCCUUGGCAACCGUCCGUGUACACUAGCACAAGCACCCAGCCCGUGCCGGCCUGGAGUCAGGUAUUGCAUAAGUAGUUUGUAGCCAGCCCUGGUGUCAAAUUGUGCGCCGUUCCAUAAACUAGAAUCCAAAGUAAUAAAUAAAUAUUAAGCUAUUACACGUUGAUAAAUAUUGACUAUAAGGCUCGCGCCAGCAGUUGAUGUAUGCGACAUUUGACCACGGGUAUUUAGAUUAUUAAUAUGCCAAAGCUUGACUUUUAUUUAUGCCUAAAUAUUGUGCAGACAAUCUAGAUUAGUCAUAUAGUUUGCACAUUUCAUGUUGUUUACGAGCAUUAUGUACCUAUUAGAGGUCUUCGUAUUAAAGUAUUGCAAAUGUUAUAUAUUACUAAAAGACAGAUUGCUGUCAGGAGAGGUAAUGUAUGCGCACAUUAUCGUCAUUAUUAAACAAUGUGUAAUGGAAUCACUAAUCUACAUAUUGGUUAUUAUUUAACAAGCUUUAAUUUGAUGUGUUGUAUGUGUAGAUGAUGAUGAUAUUGUAAUUAGUCCACUUUCAACUAAUGACAAUGUUUUUACUUUUCAUUUUAGAAUGCGUUUGUUUUGUUUUUUCCUAUUCAUUCUUAUAGUAAUUCUCUGUUACUAUUGAUCAUGUAAAUAAUUUAGUAUGAGCUUUUUCAUAGUGUUUAUUAUUUGUAAAUUCAUACAUAUAUUUAUAGCUUUACUAGGCAUUAAAUCAUAAAAUCAUUCCAUAUCCAUUAGUGAAAUUUGAGAUCAACGAAUAUAAGAUGCUCAAAUUUAUAAAUCGUUACCAUCCUCUCUCAAAUUUGUACAUUAUGUUGAUUGGUUUUUUUUUUAUUAAUUUAUUUAUUUAAGUAAAUUAUUUAAGCUGUGGAAUGUGAUAAAAGUCUCUUCGUCGACUCUGAUAAAAAGUAAUUUUAUGCUGAGUUUGCAUUUUUAAACAUUGAAUAUACUAUGUUAUUAUUGAUUACAAUAUAUAAACAAUUGUUUAUAAAUUACAUUUUUGUACUUCAAUUAUAAGUAAAGUUUUUUAUACACAAAAGUAUGAAAUAAAUUUAAAACUUGAA